AAUAUGGGUAUAGAAAGCUAGCAUCAUUACAGGCAAGGAGUUAUGCUGCGUUCACAUGCUCCACAGAAACUCCUUCGUAGUACUUUGACUUCUCAGUUCGGUGAACGGUUAUCAUCCGUAUUGUCACUCUUCCCUCUUGGAAGCACUCGUCUCAGCACAACAACCAGAAUGGCUCCUCAAAAGAACCGAGUAUUCGUCAUUGGAGUGGGAAUGACAAAGUUUGAGAAGCCAGGAAAAGAAGACUUUGACUAUCCCGACAUGGCAAAGAUAGCAGGCGAGAGGGCCUUGUCUGAUGCUGGAGUCCCCUACUCUGCUAUAGAGCAAGCCUGUGUGGGCUAUGUGUAUGGUGACUCUACCUGUGGCCAGAGGGCCAUCUACCACAGCCUUGGCCUGUCAGGGAUCCCCAUCAUCAACGUCAACAACAACUGCUCCACAGGCUCCACUGCCCUGUUCAUGGCCCGACAGCUAAUCCAGGGAGGUCUGGCUGACUGUGCACUAGCCCUUGGCUUUGAAAAGAUGGAGAGAGGCUCCUUGUCAUCAAAGUUCAUGGACAGGACUAACCCCAUGGACAAGCAUAUGGAGGUGAUGUUCAACACAUAUGGGAUGGCAGCAGCCCCGGCAGCACCACAGAUGUUUGGCAACGCGGGCAGAGAACACAUGGAGAAAUACGGUACUACACCAGAGCACUUUGCUAAAAUCGCAUGGAAGAACCACAAGCAUUCCACCAACAACCCGUACUCUCAGUUCCAGGAUGAGUACAGUCUGGACCAGGUCAAACAGUCCAGGAAGGUGUUUGAGUUCCUUACUCUUCUCCAGUGUUGUCCUACCUCUGACGGUGCAGGGGCAGCUGUCCUGGCCAGUGAGGGCUUUGUGAGGCGCCAUGGUCUAGAGCACCAGGCGGUGGAGAUCGUAGCCCAGGAGAUGGUAACGGACCUCGCAACUACCUUCGAAGACAAUAGCUGCAUGAAGAUGGUUGGAUACGACAUGACCUCCCUGGCAGCCAAGAAGUGUUUUGAGACGGCGGGCCUGAAACCCAGUGACGUCAAUGUGAUCGAGCUACAUGACUGUUUCUCUGCCAACGAGCUGAUCACGUACGAGGCUCUGGGGUUGUGCCCAGAGGGUAAGGCUGGAGAGCUGAUAGACAGAGGAGACAACACGUACGGAGGCCAGUGGGUGGUCAACCCCAGCGGAGGACUCAUCUCUAAAGGACACCCUCUGGGAGCCACAGGUCUGGCCCAGUGUGCGGAGCUGUGCUGGCAGCUGAGAGGCCAGGCUGAGAGGAGGCAGGUCCCGGGGGCGAAGGUGGCCCUACAGCACAACAUCGGCCUGGGAGGAGCUGUGGUCGUCACUCUCUACAGGAUGGGGUUCCCUCAGGACGCCAGGUCCCAGAUAGCGGCUGUCCCCACCAGAGCAGAACGUCUGGAGGGCUUCAGAGUCUAUUCUGUCUUCCAGGAGAUAGAGAACAAACUACAGGAGGAAGGAGUAGACGUUGUGAAGAAGAUUGGAGGAGUUUUUGCCUUCAAGGUGACAGAUGGACCCGAAGGGAAAGACGCUCUGUGGGUCGUAGACGCGAAGAAUGGACACGGCUCCGUGAGCAACGACGCUGAUAAGAAGGCUGACUGCACUAUCACCAUGGGAGAUGAAGACUUAAUGAAGCUGAUGACAGGCAAGAUGAAUCCACAGACGGCAUUCUUCCAGGGCAAGCUGAAGAUCGCAGGAAACAUGGGCAUGGCCAUGAAGCUUCAGAGUCUGCAGCUGGUGCCAGCCAAAGCCAAGCUGUGAUUGGCUGGUAGACCCUCAGCUCUGGAACUCCUGCCAUAUGUAGCAGUUAUGCACAUUCUCUCACCCCUCACCCCUCCUCUCACCCCUUUCUCACCCCUCCUCUCACCCCUCACCCCUCCUCUCACCCUUCACACCUCACCCCUCACCCAUCCUCUCACCCCUCACCCCUUUCUCACCCCUCCUCUCACCACUCACCCCUUUCUCACCCCUCCUCUCACCCAUCACCCCUCCUCUCACCCUUCACACCUCACCCCUCCUCUCACCCCUUUCUCACCCCUCCUCUCACCCCUUUCUCACCCCUCCUCUCACCUCUCACCCCUCCUCUCACCCCUCCUCUCACCCCUCUCACCCCUCCUCUCACCUCUCCUCCUCUCUGACCUCUCUGACUUCUCCUCUCUGACCUCUCCUCCUUUCUCACCUCUCCUCCUCUCUCUAUCAUCUCAUUCCAUCUCUCUCCUCCACACCCUUUCACAUUCACUCUUAAUUUAGCCUCUCUCUUUCUCCAUUGAUCCCUCUCACUAUCUAUCUUUGAAAUAGAUUCUAUACUAGAUAAUUAGUUGAGAAAUCAUCCCCAAUGUCCCAAGAUUCUAACUUCCUCAAGUGUCCUGUAACAUAAUUGAUAAUGAGAUAAUAUUUAUAUUUAAUUCACAUUUUCCUCAUGAUUUAUGGGUUCCUCAUGUUUCAACCAACCAAUGUGAAGACACAUACACACACAGAACUGGAAUAAUGCCUUAACUGUUAUGUCACAAUAUUCUGCUCUGAGCUGCUGUGACAAACAGGAGGAAGAGAGAUUGUGACGGUUGUGAAAAGCAAUUGAAGUUUUUUUUUGGACACUUGACGGCCAUCUUAUAAACAGCUUAUGAGGCUGUUGCUUUGUCAAGAAAAGCAAAAGAUCAUCUUUAAGACCCAACUAAUCUGGUUUGAUCUCUGGCACUGCUGUUCAGUCAUGUAAUACCGCAGUGACCAGGUGGUUGUGUCCCAUACGCCAUGCGUUUGCUGCGAGAGCGUGGCAGUGACUCUCCCGCCACAUAAUAAUAACACUGUCAUUGCAGUAAAUAAAUGGAUACAAUAUUUUAUGUUUGUGUAGUAAAUAAUGUUUAAUAAUAAUGGAACAUGGUGGACUAUUUUAUAAUAAUACAGAACACCACUUUAUGUGCCUCUGGUGUCUCUAAGAAACUGACAGCUCUGAUUAAUAUGACAGUCCGACAGGACCUGAUUUGAGGAAAUGCUUUUCUGUAGAAUGUGUGAGUGACUGAAUGAAUGCAAUUGAUUUUUACUAAAUAAAUAACAGCUAUAUUGACCAGAA